AUGACUGUUAGAGCCAAGUUUCUCAAAGAUUACAGUGGGAAAGGAGGUGAACCAGGAGAGAAAUAUUUCAAGGAGUCCGACUUUCAUUAUCACUAUGAUGGACGAUUCGCCGAUGGACCCCUCCCUGAGGAAGACACAAUACCACAUUUGGCAGCACUCAUUCAAACAUAUCUGUCGACAAUGACGGAUCUGGGUGCAGAGACUUGGAUAAUGCAUGGAACUCUCCUGGCGUGGUGGUGGAAUCAGAAGAUUUUUCCAUGGGACAACGACCUCGACGUCCAGGUUACCGAGCCGACAAUACACUUCCUCGCCGAAUAUUACAACAUGACCGAGCAUCAUUUCGAACUUCCGGGUGUCGACGGCGGGCGGAACUACCUUCUCGAAAUCAACCCGCAAUAUGUGGUUCGAACCACUGAGGACGAAGCGAACGUUAUUGACGCGAGGUGGAUAGACACCUCUUCGGGGCUUUUCAUUGAUAUAACUGCAGUGCGCAAGGAUGACGAGUUGAGAAAGGAGGGUCAUCCAGGCGCUCUCAUGUGCAAGGAUGGCCACCGAUUCGAUGAGUCUGAUAUCUUCCCACUUCGGAAUACUUACUUUGAAGACUUUCCUGUCAAAGUCCCAUACAAGUACACCGAUCUCCUUGUGGAAGAAUACGGCUCCAAGUCAUUGACUACUGUUGACUUUCAGGGUCACCAUUUCAACGAGGAGACCAAGAUCUGGGAACAAACUAAAGAAAAACGAGGACUUUCACGGCAGCGAAGAUCCAUCACUAUCCCCAAGCGAACUACGCCGCUUCCCUAUCGUUUAACAUGA